CCUUCGCAAAGUCCCAAGAUAAGCACAGGUGUUAUAUUUUAGACUAACAUCAGCUCAAAACCAGAGGAAUAAUAAGAAAGACGCUGGGACAGCAUACUAUGACUGGGGAUACAUACCUGAUGCUACUCUCUGCAGUAGCCUGUUUAUGUGUUCUAAACACUGAGGCUUAUUCGGGAAAUAUCUCACUCACUCUUCCAGACAGGAGGUCAAAUGCAGUUUGUGGCAUCAACUGUGAUUUUGAAAGUGAUAUCUGCAGUUGGACUCAGUUGGUGACUGAUGUUUUUGAUUGGACAAGACACACAGGUUCUACCCCUUCAUCAAUGACCGGUCCCUCCUCUGACCAUACAACAGGAAGUGGUUUUUAUAUCUACAUCGAGGGUGACAGUGCAACUCAUGGUGACACGGCCCGUCUCCUCAGUUCAGAAUGUGCUGACCCUCAACCUCAGUGUCUGCAGUUUUGGUACCACAUUUAUGGUACCAGCAGCACCUUGGGACUGACCGUCUACCUGCUUGAGGGCAACAAGGCCCAGGAGGUGUGGAGGAGGAGAGAAAAUCAUGGAAACAUGUGGCAUCAUGCACUAAUGGACCUGAGACCAAAGACUACGUUUCAGGUCAUCUUUGAGGGGCGUAGAGGAAGCACAGCCCUGUCAGAUGUUGCUGUUGAUGAUGUCUCUCUGCACAGAGGAACCUGUGAUGAUUUAAUAAACCAGGUUACUCCAUCACCUACAUCUCAGAUGUCAUUGCCACCAGAUUCAACAACGCCCAUCCAAACUACCACCACAACCACCCAAACCACAACCAGACUCAUCCAACUUACCACCACAACUGUCAAAACUGUCCCACCUACAGAUGUACCAAACACCCCAGCACCAAUUUGUAGCAUCAACUGUGAUUUUGAAAGCAAUAUCUGCAGUUGGAAUCAGUUGCUUACUGAUGUUUUUGAUUGGACAAGACACACAGGCUCCACCCCCUCAUCAAUGACUGGUCCUUCCUUUGACCACACAACAGGAAGUGGUUUUUAUAUCUACAUUGAGGGUGACAGUGCAACUCAUGGUGACACGGCCCGUCUCCUCAGUUCAGAAUGUGCUGACCCUCAACCUCAGUGUCUGCAGUUUUGGUAUCACAUUUACGGUACCAGCAGCACCAUGGGACUGACCGUCUACCUGCUGGAGGGCAACAGGGCCCAGGAAGUGUGGAGCAGAAGAGAAAACCAUGGAGACAUGUGGCAUCAUGCACUGGUUGAACUGAGACCAAAGACAAAGUUUCAGGUCAUCUUUGAGGGACGUAGAGGAAGCACAGCCCUGUCAGAUGUUGCUAUUGAUGAUGUCUCUCUGCACAGAGGAACCUGUGAUGAUUUAAUAAACCAUGUGACUCCAUCACCAACAUCUCUGGUGUCAACGCCACCAGCUUCAACAACACCACAGCCUGCACCAAUCCAAACUACCACAACAACUGUCCAAACUACAGUCAGACCCACUCCACCUACAGACAUACCAAACACCCCAGCACCAAUUUGCAGCAUCAACUGUGAUUUUGAAAGUAAUAUCUGCAGUUGGAAUCAGUUGCUGACUGACGUUUUUGAUUGGACAAGACACACAGGCUCCACCCCCUCAUCAAUGACUGGUCCCUCCGCUGACCACACAACAGGAAGUGGUUUUUAUAUCUACAUUGAGGGUGACAGUGCAACUCAUGGUGACACGGCCCGUCUCCUCAGUUCAGAAUGUGCUGACCCUCAACCUCAGUGUCUGCAGUUUUGGUAUCACAUUUACGGUACCAGCAGCACCAUGGGACUGACCGUCUACCUGCUGGAGGGCAACAGGGCCCAGGAGGUGUGGAGCAGAAGAGAAAACCAUGGAGACAUGUGGCAUCAUGCACUGGUUGAACUGAGACCAAAGACAAAGUUUCAGGUCAUCUUUGAGGGACGUAGAGGAAGCACAGCCCUGUCAGAUGUUGCUAUUGAUGAUGUCUCUCUGCACAGAGGAACCUGUGAUGAUUUAAUAAACCAUGUGACUCCAUCACCAACAUCUCUGGUGUCAACGCCACCAGCUUCAACAACACCACAGCCUGCACCAAUCCAAACUACCACAACAACUGUCCAAACUACAGUUAGACCCACUCCACCUACAGACGUACCAAACACCCCAGCACCAAUUUGCAGCAUCAACUGUGAUUUUGAAAGUGAUAUCUGCAGUUGGAAUCAGCUGCUGACUGACGUUUUUGAUUGGACGAGACACACAGGCUCCACCCCCUCAUCAAUGACUGGUCCCUCUUUUGACCACACAACAGGAAGUGGUUUUUAUAUCUACAUUGAGGGUGACAGCGCAACUCACGGUGACACGGCCCGUCUCCUCAGUUCAGAAUGUACUGACCCUCAACCUCAGUGUCUGCAGUUUUGGUAUCACAUUUACGGUACCAGCAGUACCAUGGGACUGAGUGUCUACCUGCUGGAGGGCAACAGGGCCCAGGAGGUGUGGAGGAAGAGAGAAAACCAUGGAGACAUUUGGCACCGUGCUCUAGUGGACCUAAGACCAAAGACUAAGUUUCAGGUCAUCUUUGAGGGGCGUAGAGGAAGCACAGCCCUGUCAGAUGUUGCCAUUGAUGAUGUCUCUCUGCACAGAGGAACCUGUGAUGAUUUUAUAAACCAGGUCACUCCAUCACCUACAUCUCAAUGGUCAACAAAUAAUCCAGUGACCUCUCCGGUGGGAAUCGUAACAGUCCCAUCUUCAACAAUGUUACAAACCACAGCUGCACCUCUUCAAUCUACGGCAACUACGGCUGCACAAGCAGCUAAUACAGAUAAUUGUAUCCCAACUACAACUGAACUCGUCCAAACUACAGCUGUCACUGUACAAACUACAACUAUACCAAGCACAACUACAGGUGCACCCAUCCAAACAACAUCUGCACCCAUCCAAACUACAGCCGCACCUGUCAUAACUACAGCCGCACCCAUCCAAACAACAGCCGCACCUGUUCAAACUACAGCCGCACCCAUUCAGUCUACAGCAAGGCCCAUCCAAACUACAGACAUCCCGGUCUCAAUGCCCCCUUGCCCCACAAACAGUCAUUACACUGACUGCAUCCCUGCCUGCCAGCCUACUUGUACAUACCUGCACGGCCCUCCUGACUGCAACACUGAUGGGCCGUGUGUGCAGGGCUGUGUGUGUGAUGAUGGCUUUGUGCUUAAACAACAUGCAUGUGUGCCCAUUCGUGAAUGUGGUUGCCAAGACGGUCAUGGCAAUAACCACAAUUUUGGUGAAGUUUGGUAUGACAACUAUUGCUCACAGAGAUGUGAGUGUGAGGAAGAAAAUGACGGAGAGAUUCAGUGCGAGGAAUAUGAAUGUGAUACAGAUCAGAUAUGUCACAUGACUGAGCAGGGAGAAUACAGUUGCCAGGAGACUGAUUUCAGCAAGUGCAAAAUCGAUGAUGACCCCGAAUACAAAACCUUUGACAACAUGAAGCACAAGUUUAAGGGCAAGUACUCUUACGUCUUGGUCCAAACCACCACCCUGCCAAGCAACCUUCAGGCCGUUUAUGUGGUUGCCAUCAAUGAAAAAAUAAAAGACAAGAGCAGUGAGGAGGACGACAGCAGUGAUGAAGAUGACAGCAGUGAGGAGGACGAUGAUGAUGACGGUCGUGUUCGUGCUCUGAGAAUCAGAGUUUAUAACCACACUGUGGAAUUUAAAAAGGGCCGUAAAAUCACAGUUGAUGGGUUGAGCGUUAAACCUCCUGUCUCCCCCUCUGGAGGGAUAAAGAUUUGGGAACGUUCUUCUCGGGUCUAUCUGAAGACUGACUUUGGACUCUCUGUGGAGUUUAAUGGCAAAGGCAAAGCAGAGGUCACUCUUCCCCACACAUAUAAAAGGAAGAUUGGAGGUCUCUGUGGAAAUUUUGAUGACAGCAGCAAAAAUGAUAUGAUGAAGCCAAAUCGGGAGCAGGCAAAGAAUCUGAAAGAGUUUGGAGAGAGCUGGAGAGUAACGGACGACAAAAUCAUAGUCCGAUGGAGGCGGUCCUCACUUCAACAGAAAUGGCUUCGGGCUUGAGCUAAAGUAGACGUUUACUUCAAAUCAAAUCCCUUUAUUGUCACUCAACCAUAUACACAAGUGCAACAGUGGGUGAAAGUCUUGGGUGCAGUUCCGAACAACAUAGCAGUAUAACAAUUACAAUAAACAUCUGAUUUACACAACACAGUUUACACAGUUCGGAGCUCGCAGUGCAGCAGCCAUACAUGGCACCAUCUUGUGAACAUACAAGAUGAACGAUCUGCUGACGACACCUGUCAUAACUGAUGCAUUAAUCAGACUAGUUAAGCUUACUAGAUGUGUUAAGAGUUAACACAAAAAUUUAAAUUUCCUAACGUCAUAUCUACUCCUUAUGAAACGUGUCAUUUGUAGGUUUAUUAAUAAUGACUGUUUUACCAUAUCCAAAUGGACAGUAUUGAUUUAUUCUUACAGUAUUUGAAUAAAUAAAAAAGUCCAGUGUUUAACUGUGUGGUUUUUCAAAUGCAUUUGAAUGUAGUCGAUCAACAAAUCUGAGACCACUAGUGAAAAUAUUUAUAUUUAGCAUUUUUCUAAUUUAACAGUAAAAAAAUAAAUAAUUUUUUUAAUAAUCAUUUACUCACCCUCAUGUUGUUUGAAACAUGUACAACUGUCAUUUUUUUUUUCUGUAGAACACAAUAGAUGUUACGCAGAAUGUUAGACUGACAGACUCAGUUAACAUUUACUAUCACUGUAAAAGAAAAAAGAUGAAAGCAAUAAAAGUGAAUGGUGACUGAGA